AUGGUACUGAACUUAAAACUUUCUAAACAACCACGAAGUUACAUCACUGUGCGUAGUUUUAAAAACUAUAACCCUAUGUUAUUUACAGCAAACCUCGUUUCCAAACACGAGAAAUUUUUACAAUCAAUUUUUACGGAAAGCGAUGUGUACUCAAAAUUAUCAAUAUUAAAUGACGCUCUAUUAUCCACCUUACAAACUCAUGCACCAGUUAAGACGAUCAGAGUUCGUAAUCGUCCAUGCCCCAAUAUCACUCAAAAUAUAAAGGAUUUGAUGGCACACAGGGAUCAACUUCACAGGCAAUUCAAAUUUUCACGUGAUGUCGGAGAUUGGAAAACGUAUAAAAACGCGAGACAAUCAGUUAAAAUUGCCCUAAAGAACGCAGAGAAAGAAUAUGUUCGCGGCGAAAUAUUAGCCCAUAAAAACAACACAACAUCUUUAUGGAAAAUUAUCAAUCGUUGCAUUCCCAGCAAAGAAAGAAAAAUUCAAUGUUAUAGUAAAGAUUCGGAUCAGAUUGCAAAUGAAUUCAACCAAUUUUUUAUCGCUGUUGGAGAAAAAACUGCAAACGCUGCAGCUCAAGUAGCCCUGGACAAUAAUCUUAACGGACCAAUUUCAAGCUCCUUUACUGCAAUAUCACCUGCACAGACCACGCAUGAAAUGUUUCAUAUAUCGCCCGUUUCGUGUACUGAUAUUAAACGAAUUAUCAUGUCUAUGCCUUCAAACAAAACACCAGGACCGGACAAAGUUAGUAUGAGUGUUUUAAAAGAUUGCCUUCUUGUUGUUCUUGGUCCAAUUACCAACAUUAUCAAUUGCUCCUUCGCCACAUCAACGUUCCCAGAUGAUAUGAAACUAGCCGAAGUUAUUCCCUUAUUAAAAGACGGUGAUCACGAUGUUGCUUCAAAUAAUCGCCCUCUUUCCCUCCUAAAUACUGUUUCAAAAAUUUGUGAGAGAGCUGUCCUCAACCAAUUUAAUUCCUAUUUAACACGCAACCAACGACUUAGUGUACAGCAAAGCGGCAAUAAAAAACAACAUCUACUGAAACUUUAA